AUGUCUUCCUCACUCCACCAUAGCCUAAUUAUCUUUCUCUUUGCUGUUGGAAUAUCUUCAGCUGCAGCCCAGUUCAAACCCAAGGCUUUUCUAUUUUCCGUAAGGAAAGACACAAGAGCCCUUCAGUACUACACUUCACUAGAAGUUUCCACACGAAGCAACUAUGUAGAUGUAGUCGUGGAUCUUGGUGGCCAACACACCUGGUUCGAUUGUGACACCUUCAAAUUACCAACCUAUAAGCCCAUCAGCUGCGGCUCUACAAAAUGUAAUAAUGUAAAGAGCGGUGGUUGCGUUGGCUGCAAUCUACCUACCAGCAGACCAGGGUGCACCAACAAUACCUGCGCCGUCUUCUCCUACAAUCCAUAUACUAAUGGUCUGUAUGCCCAAGGCCUCGGAGAGGAUAACUUGUACAUGUCAGAUACCAAUGGAUUGUCAGUCGGGCUAACGUACGAAUUGCCCAAACCAUUUCCAUUCUCAUGUGCAGAUUCAGAUCUGCUGAGAGGCCUGUCCAAUGCAACCAAAGGUAUGCUAGGCCUUGCAAAUACCAUAACUUCAUUACAUUCACAAUUGUCAACCAAGUUUAGAAAACCUCAUAAAUUUGCUCUCUGUCUACCCUCCACAACCGAAUAUCCACUUGGCCACAUGUUUAUUGGUGGGGGGCCUUAUUUUUUUCCACCAUACAAUAAGAACAUUGCUAAACAAUUGCUCACUACAAAGCUUGUCAUCAAUCCUGUUAGCACUGCUCCUGUAUCAAGCGAAGGUGACCAUUCGGACGAAUACUUCAUAGAUGUUACGUCGAUUAGUGUUGACAACAGGCCGGUCACUGUCAAUGCUUCUUUGCUAUCCAUUGACAAGAAUGGCGAAGGGGGCACUAAACUUAGUACGGUGACUCCUUUUACCAAAUUGGAGACUUCCAUGUAUAAGGUUCUUGUCAGUGACUUUAAGAAGGCUGCGGCGCUCAGAAAGAUGAAAAGAGUGGCCUCUGUGGCACCAUUUAGUGCGUGUUUCAGAGCUAUUUCUGUAGCAAAAAGCCAGACAGGACCUGUUGUGCCAUACAUAGAUAUUGGUCUUGCAGGCAAGCAGCAUUGGAGAUUUUACGGUGCUAAUUCGAUGGUCUCUGUGAAGAAGGAUGUGUUGUGCCUGGCAUUUGUAGAUGGAGGGUCGAAGCCAAGAACUUCUCUUGUCAUAGGAGGGCAUCAGAUGGAGAAUUAUCUUAUUGAGUUCAAUCUCGUUUCCUCAAAGCUGGGGAUUAGCACUUCACUUCUGUUCCGCAAUACAACUUGCACCCAGUCUCGACUGUUGUAG